GACUUUUCAUCUGAUUGGCUUAUAACUUCUAUAUGAAGUGAGCCUAUGGUCUUUGGUUCACAUGUUUGGCUCACUUCCGUGGACCGCAUACCACACUAUAUUCCGAACAUGAUGAUUCACAUCAUUUUUUGAAUGAAUAAAAAAAUCUGAAAGUUUUUGGGUAAAAAUUAGUAAGACGCUACAACCGAAUUAUAAUUAAUGUAACUCAUGUUUUCUCAGCAACAAGGCAUUAUCACUUCUUAUUUUCUAGAUUUUUUAAUUAUUCUACACUAAUACUGUCUGGAAUGCCAGGUCCUUCGAACGUGAAAAAGCAAAGAAAGCUGCACCUGGUUCAAAACAUUUCCGCAUCGCGAAGAAUCGCUAACAGUGUUGCAAAAAAGACACGUAAACUACAAAAUGAUCUUAUUUCUGACAUAGAUCAACCAACUGGUAAUGAACAUUUCACGUAUAAAAAACGUCCAUUUGCUGGUCCAUCAUAUCAAAAAUUGUCAAAUUUUCUUGAACAACAAAAUACAGAUGUUGCUGAAGAUACAAAUGAUUAUUAUCAGAUAAUUCACAACUCGUUUUUGUUAGAAUUAAUGAAACAAACUAUUUGUAUCUCAUGUAAAUCAACAUGGAAUGGUGAUAUGUCUGUUGCAAAAAGGGAAGGAUUAUAUUGUUCUCUGGUGUUUACAUGUCAUUGCUCGAACGAAAUUAAAAUCAAUACAUCUAAACAAUGUCCAAAAACUUCUCAACGAGAUAUUAAUAUUCGAAGUGCAAUUGGUGCAAAUUUUGCCGGAAUAAGUCAUCAAGGUCUUGUAAAACUUUGUGGUGUUUUGAACGUACCACCUCCUAUAGAUGAUGAUCAUUUUUCUCGUACUAUUACACAUAUACUUCCGGUAUUUGAAUCACACAAACUCAAUUCAAUGAAAAAUGCUAUAGAAGAAGCAUGUAGUGAAUCAAAUAAACGUGAACUUACUGUAAGCAGAGACGGGACCUGGCAAAAACGCGGCUUUUCUAGUUUACAUGGAGUUGUUGAAGUAAUGUCAACUGGUUCCAGUACAAAAGUUUUGGAUUUGGAGAGAUUAUCAAAAAGUUGUUCAAUUUGUACAGGUGCACUUAGUAUCAAACAUUCAAAUCCAACAAAAUAUGAAGAAAUUAAAAAUAAACAUAAAUGUGAAAUAAAUCAUUCAGGUUCUAUGGAAGCAGAUGGAAUAUAUCGUUUAUUUUCACGAUCUGAGAGAAUGUACAACGUUCAAUACAUAAAUUAUGUAGGAGACGGGGAUUCUAAAGUUUUUCCAAAAUUAACUAGCAAACCUCCAUAUGAAAAUGUAUCAAUCAAAAAAAUAGAAGACGUUAAUCAUUUCGCGAAAAAAAUGUUACAUCGUUUACAAAAGAUAGCAGAAGAUUUGAAAAAAACAAAAAUUGAUGGAAAACUUGGUAUUGGUGGAAAAGGCCGAAUGACAAAUCGUGAAGAAUAUGAUCAUAAUAAGCAUAGUUUAUCAUUAGGCAUUAUGAAAGCAAUUCGACCAGUGUUUGAUGAAUUAGCUCACCCUGAUACUCUAAAGAAAGUGAUCAAUGGUGGAUCUCAAAACAGCAAUGAAAGCUUCCAUGCCGUUUUAUGGAAUUUAGCACCAAAGACUCGAUAUGCUACUGGUGUAGUCAUUGAUCUAUGUGCAGCAAUUGCUGUAUUAUCAUUUAAUGAUGGUGAUCAAUCAAUUUUACCAGUUAUAGCUGAAUUAACAGGUGGUGGUUGUGGUUUUUGCACAAAAGUUGUACUAAAAAGACUUGAUGAACGUCGUGUAUAUUACGAACAUAAACAAAAAAGAACAAAACAAGAAAAAACAAAAUUAACUAAAGAAACACUUGAUUCAGAACAAGGUGAUCGUAUGAGUCUUGGUGUUAAUGAUGACAGCUCAUUAGAUGAUUCAUAUAUACCUGGUGCGUAUUAA